GUUGUUGUCUGUGAUUAGCCGAUGUCGUGUUUUCUGCACCGCGUUUACUCUUGGCAGAGGAUCUCGGUCGGUUCUCGUUCUCAUUUUCGGUUCUCGGUCAGCGAGAUUUUCGUCCUAAUUGACAGGUUUUAUUUUCGGAACAAUUGUGUUGUGUUGUGCGCUGCCUAUUUUUAGAACUGCAUUUGAAAAGUGGGUCGAUUGUGUGGGCCAAUGAUAACGGGAUUUUUAGUAUAGUUGACCGAAUAGAAUAUAAAUCGAUUGAUGAAGUGUAUACGGUUGUUAAUUGGCUCUCGUUCCGGGACAGAGUGCAGCCGCCCCUGGAAACUCUUUUGGCCAAAGGGAGGACUCGAUUAGUCGUUUCCCGUGUGCUCUCCGGCAAGACGAAACGCAGGACUCUCAUCGGUGGUUAGUCUGGUUUUGCUUGCGAUCCGUGUUACAAAUAGUGCCCGAUAACGUUGCGUCCAUUUCCAGCAGGAAUUAUUCAUUGAACUGUGCGCUUCCGAGUGUUAUUGGUUAAAUUUCAAGGACGGUUGUGAAAGUGGAAAGUGUAUCGUUAAAAUGUGGCUCCAAACGAAAGAAGUCGUGCAAAUCUUUGAAGAUCAAUUGCAUUGAAUCCCUUUGAAGCGGUGAAAAACCAUUGUACUUUAGUUCAAAUCAACCACCCCACCCCCAAUUUCGUGAGUCGGAUUGGAUUGGGUGGAUUCCGGAGGAAAACUCACACUGAGAGAGAAUCGUUUUUCCCAUUCUCUCCUUCUCUCCCACUCUCUUUUUUGGCACCGGAAGGCUCUCGAGCACGUUCUUGACGAGUACUACAUCCUGUAGUUUAGGCCAGCAGCUGUGUAAUCAAACCUAAUGAUCCUUGGGCUAUCUAAAUAGUGCAUCUCAGUGAAUGAAAAGAUACUUAGCCCACACGUCAGGCUCGAAUAAUUUCUGAAAGCAGCUUCAGCGGAACGAGCCUUAGAAAAGCAUUGGGAUAAAAGAACUUUAAAGUUUUAUGGGAGCGAGCGAACGCCCACAUCUUUAACGGAAACCGAACUUGGUCCAGGCUGUGGUGUUAGUGUAAUUUCGACGGUCAUCCUCCAUUGUUUGGAUGUGUGAAAGUGAAAUAUCAACAGAGCCUUGCACACCCUCGCAGCCCACCACCCCAUCAAUUGUGUCGUACGUGGUCUUCAGUCAGUCAGUCAGCCAGAGUGUGGAGAAGAAACGAUGAAAAUGGAAAAGUGAAAACCCCGCCGCAUUCAGGGUUGAGAAGAAACACCACAAACAUUUCCUGGCCCCGGAGCUAGGAGCGCUCCUUGAUUUAGUUCCCUGGUUGUGUGUGUGCGUGCUAGUGUCAACAGCCAGUAGACGUCUGCUUGCUAGGAAGAGCAGCGAGUGCGAGACUCUUUUGUGUGAAGGCAUUUCCUAGGCUAAUAGUGCAAAAACUGUCACGCGUGUUGUUGUUAUUAUUGUUGGCGUUGUUGUUGUUGUUGUGUCGUAACACCAGAGCUCCAGCUCAAUCGUACCCCAAUAUGCCCCAUGCCAGAAGCUGUCGUUGUGCGAUUAUGUGCAUUUAUUGAUGUUUAGAGUGGAAAAUCUCAGCUGGAAGGCAAGAUUACUUACCCAGCCCAGCUCAGCUAGCUAAGCCGCCUUCUUCUUCCAUUACCCCAAAGCCAGUGCAGUGAGCCGUCGUCAAACGGAAAACAACGGCGAAAAAACAGAAGCAGAAAAAAAUCACCCCGGUGGAAAAUUCAUCCUGAAUUGCUGCAAUCUAAAAAUUCCAUCAAGUGCGCUAUUUGCGGGUGGAUUGAUUGAGUUCGUUCGCGUUGAGCGAAAAUACGUGAAGCGUUGCGAUAAUUAAGGGUGCAACCAGAUUCGAAACGCCUGUAAAGGUGAAAAAUUUACGAGUAAGUGAUCGAAAGUGAAGUGACUCUAGUGACGAUGGCAUCCAUUACUAUGAACCUUUUCCUGCUGAUGAGUUUAGUUGGAUUACUAGCAGCAACCCCCGACGCUGUUACAGAGGAACUUCCACCAGACCAUGUCCGGGAGUUCCAGUGCGGGAAGUUUUACUAUCGGACGUUCUACCUGGACGAGGACCGGGAUUCGCUCUACGUGGGAGCAAUGGACCGCGUCUUCCGGUUGAACCUGAAAAAUGUCAGCAUGACAUCGUGCGAGCGUGAUGCAAUCGUGUUGGAUCCGUCCAGCUCUGAUAUUCGUAACUGCGUAUCAAAGGGCAAAAGUGAGAUGUUUGACUGUAAAAACCACAUACGGGUCAUACAACCGAUGGACAACGGCAAUCGACUGUACAUUUGUGGCACCAAUGCGCACAACCCCAAGGAUGUGGUGAUAUACUCAAACCUCACCCAUCUGUCCCGGUCCGAGUUCGUGCCCGGAAUCGGGCUUGGUAUCGCCAAAUGUCCGUACGACCCGCUGGACAACUCGACGGCCAUCUACGUGCACCAGGGCAAUCCGGGAGAUUUACCCGCACUGUACUCCGGCACCAAUGCUGAGUUCACCAAGGCCGACACGGUGAUAUUCCGGACGGAUCUGUACAACAUGACCACCGGCAAGAAGGUGUUCAACUUCAAGCGCACCCUCAAGUACGACUCCAAGUGGCUGGACAAACCCAACUUCGUCGGCUCGUUCGACAACGGCGAGUACGUGUACUUCUUCUUCCGGGAGACGGCUGUGGAGUACAUCAACUGCGGCAAGGCCGUGUACUCGCGAAUCGCCCGGGUUUGCAAAAAGGACACCGGCGGCAAAAACAUCCUGAACCAGAACUGGGCAACGUACCUGAAGGCGCGCAUCAACUGCAGCAUAUCGGGCGAGUUUCCGUUUUACUUCAACGAAAUCCAAGACGUGUACCAGCUGCCCUCGGACAAGAGCAAGUUCUACGCCACCUUUACGACGAGCACCAAUGGGCUGGUCGGAUCGGCCGUCUGUAGCUUCGAUAUCGGAGAAGUUCAUGCUGCCUUUGCCGGCAAGUUCAAGGAACAGGCCACCUCCAACUCGGCCUGGCUGCCGGUGCUCAACUCCAAGGUGCCGGAUCCGCGGCCCGGAACCUGCGUCAACGAUACCUCGACGCUGCCGGACUCGGUUCUGAACUUCAUCCGGUCCCAUCCGCUCAUGGACAAGGCCGUUAAUCACGAGCACAACAACCCGGUCUUCUACAAGCGGGAUCUGGUCUUCACCAAGCUGGUCGUGGACAAAAUUAAAAUCGACAUCCUGAACAAGGAGUACACGGUUUACUACAUCGGCACCAACACCGGGCGGAUUUACAAAAUCGUUCACUAUCUGGCGAAUGGCGAAUCCAAAUCAAAGUUGCUGGACAUCUUCGAGAUUGCCCAGAACGAGGCAAUCCAGGUGAUGGAGAUUAGCCAGACCAGGAAGUCGCUGUACGUGGCUACCGAUUAUCGGGUAAAGCAGGUUGAUCUGGCCAUGUGUAAUCGCCGGUACGACAGCUGCUAUCGAUGCGUCAAGGAUCCGUACUGUGGCUGGGACAAGGAAACCAGCACCUGCAAACCCUUCGAGCUGGAUCUUCUACAGGACGUUGGCAACGAAACGUACGACAUCUGUGACACCAGCGUGCUCAAGAAGAAGAUCAUCGUCACCUACGGGCAGAGCGUCCAUCUGGGGUGCUUCGUCAAGGUGCCGGAGAUUCUGAAGGACCAAUCGGUGACCUGGUAUCAUCACUCGAAGGAGAAGGGUCGCUACGAGAUCAAGUACAACCCGACCAAGUACAUCGAAACGACGGAACGAGGCCUGGUGGUGAUUUCGGUGAACGAAGCUGACGGGGGGCGGUACGAUUGCCAUCUCGGGGGGUCUCUGCUGUGCAGCUACAACAUCACCGUCGAUGCCCAUCGGUGUACGCCACCAAACAAGAGCAACGACUAUCAGAAGAUCUACUCCGACUGGUGCCACGAGUUUGAAAAGUACAAAUCGGCGAUGAAGACCUGGGAGAAAAAGCAAGCACAAUGUUCAUCCAAGCAAAACUACAGCAAUCAACAUCCUAACGAUGUUUUCCAACGCAAUCCCAACGUCUGAUAUCAAGGACCAAAUUUUGACACUUCAACAUCGAAUAGCUUGUCCACUACCUUCGGUAGGGUACUACAAUCAACUAAAUGAACUGUGAUACCCUUAAUGAUCCAAUAAUAAGAGAAAGAAAGAGCGAGAGAGAAUGAAAGAUAAAAGCAAUCUCGAAGUACGACUACAUAUGCUGUGUGUGUGUGAUUGACAAUUUGGAUCAUUGAACAUAACAUUUCCUAAGCUAACCGGAAAUAGUUCAAUGUUAAGGUUACAAUUGUUUUAACAGAAUCACACAGCUAUGGGAAAGAAUGUAAAGAAAAAAAAAAAGAAAAAAAAAUCAAAAAUAAACCCACACACUAUUAGCGAAUUCCAACGAGCUUGCGAACGAUCAUCAUUAUAGAACUUGCCAUCACAUUAUUCAAAUCUCAUACAAAACCCAGGCUUCUCUUUUUUCUAAAAUAAACAAAAAGUCUAACAAAAUUUACAAAAAAAAAAAACAAA